UAAUGAAUACGAGGUCGUCUACUUUAUUAUUCGAUCAAACGGUAGACAUAAUUACCGUCUUUGGAGCUUUUCACUUUUAUGCUACAACUUCCCCCCUUUCUCCGCCGAAUUCUCCAUUGAAGCGCGUUAUCUCAAUUCUCCAUUCUCCAUUCUCCAUUCUCUAUUGAAGCUUGAACCAAGCUUUCUCUCCUCCAUUAGUGACAAAAUGGGGAGCAAAGGGCGAUUACCACCUCAUCAUCUGAGGCAUCCUCUUCAUGGCCCUAGUUUGGUGCAUCCGGAGCCAUUUGGAGCUGGGAUAUGGCCUCCACAUGGUGGGUUUCCUCAUGGUGACAUGUUGCCUCCACCGGAAAUUUUGGAGCAGAAACUUGCUUCUCAGCAUGUUGAGAUGGAGAGGUUGGCAACAGAGAACCAAAGGCUUGCUGCCACUCAUGGAUCAUCGAGACAGCAGCUUGCUGCUGCACAACAGGAACUUCAGAUGUUGGAAGCUCAAAUUCGAGAUUCAAAGCUAGAGAGAGAGCAACAGAUGAGAGGUCUAAUAGAUAAAAUUUCGAAGAUGGAAGCCGAAUUAAAGUCAGUGGAUCGCCUUAAACUAGAUCUACAGCAAGCAAGGACAGAGGCACAAAGCUUGGUUGAAGUGAGGCAAGAGCUUAUGUCUAAAGUGCAGCAACUAAAUAAUGAGCUUCAAAGGGCCCAUGUAGAUGUGCAGCAAAUACCUUCUAUGAUGUCUGAACUCAAUCACCUUAGACAAGAAUUUCAUCAGUACAGGGCCACAUAUGAACAUGAAAAAAAGGUUUACCGUGACCAUAUUGAAUCUCUUAAUGCUAUGGAAAAGGAGUACAGGAGCAUGAAUGAUGAGUUGGCAAAACUUCGAGCUGAGUUGAAUAAUAUUUCAAACAGUGAUAAAAGAUCAGCUUAUGUUACUGCUGCCGGAUAUGGUGACGUUGAUGCCUCUGCUCACAAUCCUUCAGGACAGAGUUCCUAUGAAGAUGGUUUUGGAGCUCAGCAGGUACAUCACCAGUUUCCUGCCAGUGGUGCUGCUGCUACUGCAUCUACACCUGCUGUUACAGGAGGCAGUGUGGUAGCCAGCGGUGGUGGUACACCAACUUAUGCUGCACCUCAAUCUGGGCCAGCCUCUGCAAGGGCAGGAUAUGAUGUAUCGAGGGCCCCUGGUUAUGAAGCACAAAGGGUUCCAAUUCCAACCUAUGACCUGCAGGGUGGUCAAGUCUACAACGCUCAGAGAGCAUCAGGCUAUGAUGCAUAUAGAGGAGCUAAUUAUGACAUGCAAAGGCCUCCUUAUGACCCGCAAAGAGCUGCAGUUUAUGAAAUGCCUUGGGCCAAUAACUAUGAUGCACAUUCUAGGGGUGCAGUGGCUCCACUUCCUCCUCCUCCUCAGGGCCAAACGCCUGUAAACAACACGCCUUAUGGAUCUGCUGCGCCACCACUUGUUGCUCGAGCAGCAGCAGGAAAUGAAAUGCAGCCUCGAGGUGGCAAUACUGCUCGUAGGUAAGAGAAUAUCACCAGAAGGUUCUCUGAAUUCAGCUGUCUAGAUCAUGCUUCGUCUCCUUGAAGAUUUGGUCAUAUGCUCUAAAGCAGCUAGACAUUAGUUGCUUUUGCAUUCAACUGGUUCAAUGCAGAUAUUUUGAGUGGAGAAGGAAGGAUUAAAACAUUGUAGAAGGUUGACAACACAAGGGAGCUUGAUAGAUUGUGAGAUUAUACUUUUGUAGAUCACUGGAUCGUUCUGUGGCAGUGGAUCUUUAUAUGAGCAUUUUUUGUUUGCCAAAAUUGGGGUUAAGCCCUGCUGUUUCCUUUUGGCCUCAUUGUGACCAAUUGUGAUUAAUGUUUACUGCUCUUUGAUCAAUUUUGAAUUAAAUUUUUAGGAAUAUAAUAUGUCCAAUAAAAUUGGUUUUGAUA